AUGGCCACAGGAGAAUACGAUGCCCCGUUCUCCCUCCUGUCUUUCUCUCUUUCUGGCUCCCACCCACUCCCGUAUUCUCUCCCUCUUCUCACCAGUGAGGGUAGUAACCUGACUCCUGCACACCACUACCCAGACUUCAGGUUUAAGACCUACGCCCCAGUGGCUUUCCGCUACUUCAGAGAGCUGUUUGGGAUCCGACCCGAUGACUACCUGUACUCUCUAUGUAAUGAGCCCCUAAUCGAGCUGUCCAAUCCCGGUGCCAGCGGCUCCAUAUUCUACGUAACCAGGGACGACGAGUUCAUCAUCAAAACAGUCAAUGCCAAGGAGGCGGAGUUUCUGCAGAAACUACUUCCUGGAUACUACAUGAAUCUGAAUCAGAACCCGAGGACCCUGCUUCCUAAGUUCUUUGGUCUCUACUGCGUCCAGUCUGGGGGUAAAAACAUCCGUAUCGUGGCCAUGAACAAUGUGUUGCCGCGCGCCGUACGCAUGCACCUCAAGUUCGACCUGAAGGGCUCCACGUAUAAACGGCGUGCGUCGAAGAAAGAGAGGGAGAAAUCGAAUCCCACCUUUAAAGAUCUGGACUUUAUAUCAGAUGUACCGGAAGGACUGACCCUGGAUCAGGAUACAUACAGCGCCCUGCUAAAGACCCUACAGAGAGACUGUCUGGUGAGAGAGGGAGGAGAGGAUGAGGAGCAGGGAUAUGAGGAGAGGAUGGGUGGUAUUCCUGCUGUGGAUGGUAAAGGAGAACAACUCCUUCUCUUUAUUGGAAUCAUCGACAUCCUGCAGUCCUACAGGCUAAUCAAGAAACUGGAGCACUCGUGGAAGUCUCUGAUCAGUGACGGGGACACAGUGUCUGUCCACAGGCCCAGUUUCUAUGCAGACAGGUUCUACAAGUUCUGCAGCACCACCGUCUUUAGAAAGAGCUGCUCCCUGAGGUCUUCUCCCUCCAAGAGAGGGCGGGGGGGGGCUCUGCCCGCACCCAAAAACAGUGUCCAAACACAGCUUUCCGUAGAGAGAGAGGAGAACCAGGAGAACGAAGACCUGCACCUCAGAGGGGCUCGUGGCUUCCCUCUGCUGGAGGAGGACGGUCUGAGAGAGCAUCCCCAUACUCCUCCGUCUUUUGAGGAUGCGACCACAGCAUCCAUUGCGACCACUCUCUCCUCCAACAACUCUCUCCCUACCACACCGUUUGACACACCAGAACACCCACGCUUCAGGAGGCCAACCCACUCUCCACGGGACCGUGAGGGGAGUUUCAGGCCACAGCAGGAAGUAGUGGCGGUGCACGAGCAGACCAUCACUGUGGCUGUAGAGGUGAAGAGGGAACCUACAACCAGAGACCCCCAGGGUUGA